AUGGCCUGGUUAAAACUGAACGACAGUCUAAACAAAGUGAAGGGUUCUAUUACCACUUUUACUCAGGAAGUGUUUGCCGAAGGAAUCAUCGACGACGAUGGCGCCGAACCCAAUCCAGUUCGGGAAAUCAUUGCUUCCCGGGAAAAAAUUGAUGAACUCAUGAGUCUGUGUUCGACUCAAGAUCAGGAGAUUGCGACACUUCGCAAACAAGUCGCCGACUAUCAGCAACAAUUGCAACACAACCAAUAUCCUCACCAAACAUCGCAGCAAGCCGGACCAAGCCAACCGUCGACGUCGAAGGUCCCCACCGAAGCGACGGCCAAGAUCGUGAACGAUCAGAAUGCUGCACUGGAGGACAGUUGGUUUUGGGACCCGGAGAACAAUGUUUCCUCCACUUCAUCGUCCUCCAAAAAAGACGACAAUGAGUCACCAUUGUCCGGCAACGAGCUGACAACGAUUCCGCUGGAACCGCCGGCCAACGAUGGUGAAAUCAUUGAACGCCUGCAGCGACAACUGAACGACAAAAUCCAACAGCUGAAGAAGCAGCAGCUGGAGAACGCACUGUUGAACGAGAAGCUGCAGCAGGUCGGUAGUGAAAAUCGGGAGCUGAACGAAAACAUCGAAGAACUCGACCGGCAGCAUGAAGUCGUGCUGGAGAACCUGGUCGCUAGCAAGCGCGAGCUGCAGGAACGGUGUGCCGCCCUGGAAGCGGACGCAAAUCGAGCUGCCGGCGAGUCGAAGGCACAGCUUUCGUUGCUGCAGGAACGCCUGGAACGCUUGGAACAAAGCCACACCGAAACUGGCGAGGUGAAUGCGAAACUGCAGGCUGAGGUGGAAAAGCUGACCGCGGAACUUGAGCGCAUCGUCUGCGAGAACGUGGAAGCGGUAGUUUCGCUGGAAAGCCAACUGGACGAAAAGCGCCGCGAGCAAGCCGAAUCCAGUGAACUGUACGAUGAGCUGCUCCGAGCGCACGAAGAACUUACGCAGAAGACGGCGACCGAGGAACCGUUCGUGGCGUUACCGAGGGUGGACGAACAGGAAGUGCAGAAACUGCGAGCGGAACUGGAAGACAUGAGGCAAACGAUGGAAGCAGCAUGUACGGAACGGGACCACUUGCAGAAGCUGACCGCUGAGCUGGACCGAUCGGAGCAUAUCGGGCAGUUGGAGCGAGAAAUCGGUGCACUGCAAAACGAGCUGCGCAGUGUCAUUAUCGACAAUUCGGUUCAACUGGAUGCCAAGGAAAAGGAUUGCGACGAAAAGAUAAACGUUCUGCGGCAGGAAAACCAGGCGCUUCGCGAAUCUGCAGCCGCCGCUAGUAGCUCUGCUGGUCAGAUCGAUCCCCGAUUGGACGGUCUGGUGCGCGAGUUUUUCGGCCUGGACCUAACGCAGAUUGAUGCCCUCGAGCAGCGCUUCGAGCAGUCGCGGGACGUGGAUGCGAAGCUGUCCGCUCUGGAGAAAAAGUUGGUCGAUUCAACGAAGGAAAUCAAUUUCGUCAAAUCGGAAAAUUCGCGCAUCCAACACGACAAGGACACGCUGAACGCGGAUUUGAUGCAGUACGAGAAGGAGUGCUCUAGUCUGGUGAAAAACAACGAUCUGCUGAUUGCGGAGAUUGAAAACCUGAAGUGCAAUAAACUGGAAACGAUCAACGAGAACGCCGAGGACAGUAUCGUCGUGCUGGAGAAGCAGCUGGAGGAUUCGCACAAGCUCAACCGUAGCCUGGAGGACGAGUACCGGGAGAUGAACUGCAAGCUGGAAGAGGCACUGGAAGAGAAGGAAGAGUUGCUGAUGAAAGUUGCUUCACUGGAAAGCAGCCUGGAUGAUCGGAAGUCGAAAGUUGGGCAACUGGAACCGGCACUGCGGGCUAGCCAGGCGAAUGAAGGAUCACUGCUGAUGCAGUUAGAGGAAAUGCGUCAAUCGGGUGCCCAGGAGACGGACCAACUGAAGUUGGAGCUGGAAAGCGUUCAAGCACAGCUGGCCACAAUCAAUGAAGAUCACGCCAGCUUGGUGCAAAAGCUUCGCCAGCUUCAACAGUCGUCAUCCGAUAGCACACGCUCCUGGGAGUCCAAACUGCACGAGAUGCGCCUGGCACUGGAGGCGAAGGAAGCCGAUAUUCAGCUGGCACGCGAAGCCACGCUUGGCGUCCAUUCCGCCGAUGCUGAGCUGGAAACGAUGCGCAAUCGACUUCAGGAGCUGACCGACGCCAAGGAACAGCUGCAGGGUGAGUUGGAGAAGCAAAAGGAUACGAUCGAAAAUCUGUCCCAGCAGAAAGAAAACCUUGUGCAGCUAGUAACAACCAAGCACAACGAAAGUGUGCAGUACCAUGCUGAAAUUCAACGGCUUAACCAGUUGCUGCAGGAGCAGAGCGAACAGGCGGCACAGCCGUGUUCCGAAUGUAUUCCGUUGCGCGAAAAAGUGCAGGACUACGAGCGGAUCUCGGAUCAGAUGGAGUUUCUGCGCGAAAAGUGUGGCAUUCUGACGACCAACCUAAUGACGGAGCAAACCAACCAGCGUAUGGUGGCGCAGGAAAAGCAAGAGUUGCUGGAGCAGAAGAAUGGCCUGCAACGCGAUCUUGAUCGCCUGCGGCAGCACCUGAUGGAGCUCGAAGAGGCACACACACAGGAAACGGUCGACUUGCAGCAGCGCUACGACGAGACCCGCCACAAGUUACUCACCCUCGAGGAGGAAGUGAAAAAGUCCACCAAUGCGCUUACUUCCGCCAGCAUCCGGGCCAACCAGCAGGCGGAAACGCUGCAAACCCAGUAUCAGCUGCUGCAACAGCAGCGCGAUGAUCUUCACGCGAAGCUUAGCAGCGCGGACGAUCGGGAUCAGAAGAAUCAGGCUUCGCUGACCAACUUGCAGUGCGCGUUGGAGCAAUUCCAGAUGAAUAAAGAGCGGGACAUCGAACUGGCAACCGUCAACAUCCGCAAUGAUCUGGACCGGGCCAGGGGCCGUGAAAAUCAACUGAAAGCGGAAGUAAAGCAACUGCAGCAACACCUUAUCGACGCCAAAAAUGGACUUCUGGCAGCGGCCCGCAUAUCGGAUCAGCUGGAAAUAUCACAAGUGACGGUGGCGUCGCUAAAAAAUGAACUGGCCAAACGAGACGAAAAGUAUUCAGCACUCGAGCACCGGCUUCAGGAGACGGAAGCCAACCAGGCGGACAAGGUGGAAAAGAUGCUUUUAAAAAAUCUUAUCAUCGGCUACGUCGUCGCUCCAAAUGCGGCCGAUAAACAGCAGAUUAUGAAACUCAUCUCGUCCGUAUUAACAAUGGAUCAAGCGGACUGUUCCAAGGUUGGCCUUAAUCGAAACACCGGUGCGGGAGGGUGGUUGAAUACCAUUCUGGGUAGUGCCAGCGGCGGUGCCGAAGGCAACUACAACAAGGAAUCGCUAACGGAGGCGUUCGUAAAGUUCCUGGAGAAGGAAUCGGCCCCGAGAUCCACGGACAGCUCUAGUCUCUUGAACAUCGUAGCUCCCACUGCAAGUCCGCCUUCUGUUGCCGGUGGAGCUCAAAUAGCGUCAUCAUCGCCGGCUGGAACGGCGAUGCCAACGGCCACGACCUCGAUGACGAACCCCGUGAAUAUGGUCACAACAGUGAAACCGAUUCUGCUGCCCGAAGCAAUGCUCCAACAGACCACCUUCCAGCCAGCGCGAAGUUCCAGUUCCAUUCUGAAGGAUAUUCUAAGUGACUCCUGAUGCUACUAUGAUCACCCGUUUUACUAGAAACGCUCGCUCAAAUGGUUCGCUAAGGUGACUGUGAGGAAAGCGCGGUAUGACGGUUCGCUGUCGCUUCGAUGGUGUAUAUAUUAUGUUAUUAUGUUCUUUUACUGCUGACGUCAACGUUGCACGGCAAUGUGCAUCUUCGUAAGGUUGAUGGGUCUAGGAAGGCAUCUAGAGCUUCUCUGCGAAUCGCAAUUGAAAAACAACUAUCGAUGUGAGUGCCGAAUGUAACAAAAAAUAUAACGAUACCCGUU